CAAAACAGUCGGUGCGCGACCAUCUUGUCAAAACUGGAGUCUGUGACAACAAAAUAAAAUAUUGUAAAAUGUCGUAAAUCGCUCGUAAUGACAUAACUAUAGCUUUGUAUUUAUUAAAGUAUUGCGUAUAGUUCAUGUCGGUGUUGUUUUCGACGCGGUUACUAUACAUUUUUGCUCAAUAAUUCGGGUUUUUGUUGCGCCAAAUGACGUCAUGUAUGUGAUUAUACACGUAUCGUUGCUGACAAGUUUAUAGAAGAUGCUGGAGCAAGACGGAGAUACGGAGCCGGCGCACCACGCGCGGCGGCCCAUGAACGCCUUCCUCAUCUUCUGCAAGCGACACCGCAGCGUUGUACGCGACAAGUAUCCCAACCUCGAGAACAGAUCUAUAACCAAGAUACUUGGUGAGUGGUGGGCCAACUUGGACAAAGAGGAGAAAGCUUGCUACACGGGUCUUGCUAAACAGUAUAAAGACGCCUUCUUCAGUGCUAAUCCAGACUUCAAAUGGUACAAGUUGCCCGCCCCGCCACUACGCACGCUGACUUCUCGGCCGCGCGAGCCCUGCGACAAGACAGUGUCGCCCACCUGCGAGUUGUACCACGAGCCUGACCUCGAGAAGACCAACAACAACUCCACCAAGGUGGAUUUCAACAAAAAACCUCGCGAACAUGUCUUCGAAGACUCUAAACCUCUGUCCAUGUUCACCCCCGGCAAACUCGCCGACGAAGCCCAAAUGGGCGGCCUCAGCCGACUUCUGGACACCAAGACUGAAACCUCCACCCCCAACCCGUACUACUCUCCCCCGCCUGUCAAAUUCAGCGCGAUCUCAAACGAAUAUAGAUCUCAUAUUUUAGAAAGGAAGUCCCUCAACUGCUCACGCGAAGACAACAUACGCGAACUACAGAACGCCCUCUCUGAAACCACCCGGGUGUUCGAGGAGGAGUUUGACGAGAACAAGGCUCGGAUAUACCAUCACGGAGUGCCAAGUGAUAUGUUCACUCACCAACAUGUGAUAGACCAAGUAGUUGAUAAGCAAUAUUCUAAGGAUGACGAGUAUGGAUAUCCGAGGAACUGGUCGGACGAUGAGAAGAACAUGAGAUCUGGCAGGUCGUGCAAGGGGAAAAGGUACCAGGAGUUCAUGGCUGUCGGGGGCCUGAUGGCGAGCAAGCGGCAGAGGAGAGAGUACCAAGACAAGACGCCCGAGGAGGGCUACAGCGCGUCCUGCAGUUGGGAGGCCGCCACGCGCAGCGAGGACUCCGCGCUCGCCGACGACAAAAAGCAGAGCACCUCCGACAACGCGGCCGACGCCGAAUCCAAACCCGAUCCGACCGAAGCGUCCGAACAAGACAAUAACGCAAACAAAACAUUUAAGGCCGCCGACUUUGACCUAGAUGCUAAGAUUGCCGCCCUGCCGUCGCUCAGCCUGGAGAAGUUCCAGCAGAAGAAACGAGAGAACAAACGCCGCAAAAAGACCAUCAAUCUCAAGCCGAAAGUGCUCGGGUCAUCGCACAUAGUCAACUCAGUUCCUAAUUUUGAAGCGAGGCGGGAGAUGGCGGAGAGCUGGCGGGAGACGGUGGUGGGCAGCCAGAAAAGGAAGCCGCGGAAGAUAAGUAUCACCAGGUUCGAGAUAAACAGCCUGGUGUCGAGCGUGGAACUGAGCGAGAGCAGGAAGGUGAGUCCGGAGAUGAAGGUGGCGACGGAAGCGCCGUGCACGGUGGUCCACAGCACAGAUCUGUGCGUGGAGCCGGCGCACGCGGCGCACAGUGACUUGAUGGCACUGGCCACACUCGCGGAGGUGGCCGCUAAUACCUCCAAGAUGGACGAGCUGGCCGCCGCUGCCGCCGCCGCCGCACACGCUUCCACGGUAUAACCAACACGACUAGCCUUAAAGAUAUUCCAAAAAUUAUUUACCUUAGAAUCAGAUAAUAUUUAUUUAGAUUAACUUUAUAUUGUACGCAUAAAGAUAAAAUAUGAUUGUACAUUCAAAAAAUAGUUUUUAUAUAGUAGAUUAUAGAUUUAUUUAUACUUGAAAUAGAGAAACCUAUAUAAUAUUAUAUUAUACUUAUAAUAAUGUUUUAAUUCGUAAUGUAGGCGGCUACAUUCUGCUUGUUAGUUUUAUAAAAAAAUAAGGGUGUUAGAUGUUAGAUUUAUAAUAAUUAACAUCACAUAAAUAAACGAGGCAUAAUGUAUUUAAGAACUAUGCAAUACCUUCGCGAAUCGCAACCACAUCAGAUAAAGGUAUCAUGUAGCUUAGCUAUAUAUGAAUUAUGUCGUGGGUAUAUCGACCAUCACCAUCACACAUUAUACUAGGUAUGCCAAACAUACAUAAGUCAGAUUAUAAACCUCAUUUUGUAUAAAGAAUUAGGUUAUUUGAAUCGCCUUAAUAUUUUAGAAUAAAAAUCAAAACUAAGACACCAACAUGCACAGACUGCUUUGCAUUUUGAUGGUGAUUAUUUUGUAUUCAUAAUAAAAAAAAAUAACGAUUGCAUAUUUAUUGUGCAAUUAAUUAUUUACGUAGGCGUAUAUAUAUAUAUACAUUAUAUAAUAUAUAUAUAUACAAUUUUAUACUCGGGUGACAAAAGUCACUUGUUUUAUAAAAUUAUGAAUUUAUCACUUGAUUCGGAUAUCUAUGAAACGUGUAGUUUUAUCGUUCAUUUAUUAUUGUUAUUUUAGUCAUUAUGUUAGCUUGUAGGCCUAGAUACGGGCUGGUGUGCUAAUAUAUUGCGAGUGAAACUCGCUUUUUGUGAUAUAUCUAAAGUAAUAGUUGAAACCUUCACGAGUCAUUUUGUUUUAAACUUUCGAAAAAAGAAAAAGUAAGACUCAUUUUAAAUCACUGUAGAUGUACAAAUAUACCUGUCCCUCUUAUUAGGUACCUGAAGUUUAUCAGAGAAUUUCAUGCAUUAUACGAAAUCAUUGCAAUCAUUAACUUAAGUUCGUUAUCGAUUUUUUUUAACUCAUACUAACCUAUUGUCAGGAACAGUGUUUCUCAAAUAUUUGUUUUGUUCAAGUUUGUUAAAUGAUUUCUGUGAUUUUACUAAAGUAUAUUUUGGGUUCGCUGACAGUUUGAGAAUUACAGCCGGUCUAGUCUAGAGUAAACCAUUUUAUAUGUUCCAGUAAUGAUUAACAAAAUUUUAUAAAGUGCACUUAUAUUUUAUUAAAAUAUCAUAUAAUGAUGAUGACACAAGCCAUAA